AUCAACGGGAUGUACGGUCUUUUGUAAAAGCCACGGAAAAAAGUCUCCUUCGAACGACAAACGUUGCAACAAGCAGUUGAAAUUUGACAGAGAAGCACCACAGCGAGGAUUUACCCCGUCAGGUGUAUUUUGAACUUGUUUCUACUGAGUGUUGAGGUACUAGGUAUAGUUACUUUACUAAGCGCAUGUAGGCAUUGAGUGGGCGAGAUACACAGAGGUAGAGUUGACUCUUCGGCUUCGUUUCACCUAACCGACGUUGUGGAGGUUGGAUAAUAAUUUCGGAGGUGUCCCAGAACUCGGGACGUUCACCCUCCGGCAAUGAGGCCGUCGAAUAACACGGAGGGCGUCCGUCGGAGUUGGUUCUCUAGAUUUCUACUUCCCAGGAAGAAGCCACCACCUCGCCGAAAGAUCGAUCGCUCCAUGAUUGGAAACCCAGCAAACUUUCAGCAUAAUAGUCAUAUUGGAUCAACAGAUGUUGGAUCUACACAAAUAGAUGUUCAGUCACAGAUGCAGGGGAAAGGCGGUUAUAUUUCAAUAGCUCAACCAGCUGCCAAUUGAAACCUGUCACUAGCUCUUGAGCCGUGCCUGGACAAGCUGGACUGGAAAUAAUCACCAUAUCCAUUGGACAUUGCCGCUAGUUGUACAUGUACAUGUACGUCUGUUGUACCCCGCGCAAAUUGUUAUAAUAGUAUUCCCAUCUCUUCAUGAUCUCUCCUCUCUGCCUACAUGCAUGUGUUACUUAGUAGCUAAUUCACUUCUCGUUUUGUGUUUUUAAAAAUAUACUGACAUCUAUUUACCCAUUACCACCUCUCUCAGCCUUGAAAGGCAUGUAUGAAUUAGGCUGUGGGUUCUUAUGACUAUGUCUUAAGUUGGGUUGCAUCCCUUAUUAGCUGUGCGCUCUCUUGCUCGUUUUCUCUCUCUCUCUCUCUUUCUCGCUUUUUUCUCUUUGUCGGUGUUGGCGGAGAUAGCAUGAUUUAUUCUUCUUAGUUUGUCCUAUUUUGUUUACCGCAUUCUGUGUUUUACUGCUCGGCACCACUAGUAACAACAUUCUAGUUCAUUUCUUGUGUUUGAAAUAUCUGUACUCUUGAUGUAACAUUCAGGAUGUUCAUUGUCUUAGUGUUCUCAAUGUUCUUCUGUUGCUGUCAAAGUAAUACCACAUUCCGUGACUUCGUUUUUACACGAAGCCUGUA